UGCAAAUUUACCUCCAACUUCCAAACCUUCCAUCUUCCCGCUCUGUCAAGAAUGUCCGAGAAUCCAUUGCAGGCUCUCUUCCAAACCUUUGAGAAAAUCUCAAACUCCGUCCAAACCCAUCUCUCCAAUCUCAUAGGCCAACCUCACUACCCAUCGCCCACUACCAUAAACCCUCUCUUGUCUUUAUCUUCCCCUUCCAAAUCCAAAGUAAACCGAUCAAACACUGACUCUGCUGCCUCUCUCCAACCCAAACACAUUCUCGACAAGGGAAAAUCUGGUUCACCUGUAACUAAAGAAGAUCUUGGAAGGGCCACAUGGACUUUUCUUCACACCCUUGCUGCUCAGUAUCCGGAUAAUCCAACAAGGCAACAGAAGAAGGAUGUAAAAGAAUUAAUGGCAAUAUUAUCUCGAAUGUACCCUUGCAAGGAGUGUGCAGAUCACUUUAAAGAAGUUCUGAGAGCAAAUCCUGUACAGGCUGGAUCUCAUGCUGAAUUUUCCCAAUGGCUAUGUCAUGUGCAUAAUGUUGUCAACAGAAGCCUUGGCAAACUGGUAUUCCCAUGCGAACGAGUUGAUGCAAGGUGGGGUAAGCUGGAGUGUGAGCAGCGUGCAUGUGAUCUACUGGGCAGUACAACAGAAUUUGGGGAAGAAAAACAUUAAAGUGUGUUGGUAUUAAAAGCAUUAGAAUACAACUUUUCUUUUUUAAGAACUUGCAAAUAAUAUUAUUUUUUUUUAUUGUCAAUGACACUAUUCUAAAUUA